GCCAGGCGCAGUGAGCAGGUGGCAGUGGCUGGGCCAGGAUGCCCAGCAUCUUGGCGUACCAGAGCUCCGAGGUGGACUGGUGUGAGAGCAACUUCCAGUACUCACAGCUGGUGGCCGAGUUCUACAACACGUUCAGCAACAUCUCCUUCCUGAUCUUUGGGCCACUCAUGAUGUUCCUCAUGCACCCCUACACCCAGAAGCGCUCCCGCUACAUCCAUGGUACCUUUGUCCUCUUCACGAUCAUUGGCCUGUUCUCCAUGUACUUCCACAUGACGCUCAGCUUCCUGGGCCAGCUGCUGGAUGAGAUCGCCAUCCUGUGGCUACUGGCCAGUAGCUACAGCAUCUGGAUGCCCCGCUGCUACUUCCCCUCCUUCCUCGCAAGGAACAGGUCCCACUUCACCUGCCUGGUCAUUGUCACCACCAUGAUCAGCACCUUCCUGUCCUUCCUGAAGCCCACGGUCAAUGCAUACGCCCUCAACAGCAUCGCCAUACACAUCCUGUACAUCGUGUACCGCGAGUACCGGAAGAGCAGCAAUAAGGAGCUUCGGCACCUGAUCGAGGUGUCCGUGGUUUUAUGGGCCUGUGCGGUGACGAGCUGGAUCAGCGACCGCUUCCUUUGCGGCUUCUGGCAGCGGAUUCAUUUCUUCUACCUGCACAGUAUCUGGCACGUGCUCAUCAGCAUCACCUUCCCUUACGGCCUGGUCACCAUGGCCUUGGUGGACGCCAGCUACGAGAUGCCAGGCCAAACCCUCAAAGUCCGCUACUGGCCGCGGGACACUUGGCCCAUGGGGCUGCCCUAUGUAGAAGUCCAGGGCGAUGACAAGAGCUGCUGAGGCUGUGGUCACCUGCAGGGUCACCUGUAUCUGAGGGACACUCGCGGUUCCUCGCCUUUCCCUUUCCCAGGCCCCUUGUCCUGUACUUCCCUGCCCCGAGGCAGGGGAUGAGCUCCCUAGUGGUCCUGAGCAGCAGUCUACUGACCUGGGGAGGACUGCCUGCACCUCCCCCUGCCACGCCCUGCCCCGGCCUCUUUCUCUUCCUCCUCUUUCCACAGAUGUCACAUGAUCUGGUGGGGUCGAGUCACCAGUUGCUGGGAUGACUGGGUGGUGUGUCACCUGCUUGGCAUGACCCAGGCUGAGGCCUGCUGUCUGGCAUCUUGUAUGUAUUGGUGAUCUGGGUCUGUGGUUGGACAUUGGGUGACCAUGUCCCUGGUACUUGGGAGCAUCCCAGAGAACACACAUGACUUGUGGGUACCCAAUCUUUUUUUCUUUCUUGGUGCUGGGGAUUGAACACAGGGGUGCUUUUAUCACUGAGACACAACCCCAGUCCUUUUUAUUUUUAACUUUGAGACAAAGUCUCACUAAAUUGCUCAGGGUCUCACUACAUUGCUCAGGUUGGCAAGGGACUUGUGAUCCUCCGGCCUCAGCCUCCCGAGUUGCUGGGAUUUGAUGUACAUCACUGCACUCAACCCAGACACCCAAUUGUAUAGCCACAAGUGCAUGCAGAGACCUCACAGACCUCCCACGCGUGCCUGUGAACUCAUGGGGAACAAGUCAUGAAUGGGAAACAGCUGAGGGAAAUGGAAGCCCACACUGGACAAACCAAGCACCACGGAGCGUGGGGCAUCAGAGAAGAGCUGGGCAGCUGGUACCGCUGUGGUGGGGUAGGAGGAUGCUUUUCAGGGUGGUUAAGAGCCUAUGGCCUGGGGCCAGACAGACCCAAGCUUGAAUUCCCACUUGACCAUUUCUAGCUGUAUCAUCUUCAGGAUGUGAUUUAUCCUACUUUUGAAGUUCAAGCCUCUUGUCCAUAAAUAGUGUUUCUUCCUUCAUAGGAAUUUUCACGUGCACAAAACAAGUUGACGUAUGUGACAUGCUUAGUAUAUGUCUUGCAAACACCCAUCCAUCUGCCCAUCCUCUAAUUUAUCCAUCUAUCCACCCAUCUGUCCAUCCAUCCUUCUAUCCAUCCUUCCGUCCAUUCAGUUUAGCCAACCAUUUGUUUAUUCAUUAAUCUGCCUAAGUUAUCCAGUCCCCUUCCUGUGCAUCUUCCUCCUGUUCAUUCAUUCAUUCAUUCAUUCAUCCCUUCAACAAAGGUACACAUGGAGUUCUAGCUACAGGCCAGACACUAGGUUCUUUGCAAGACAGCUGACAUUGAAGUCCCUAACCCAAGGAAGGAGACAGAUGUUAGACAAACAAGAAGAUGCAGGACCAAGGCACUUAGAGACACCAAUGGGUGUUACAGAGAAGUGAAUCAGCAAUGUUCCAGGGAGUGAUGGACUGGAGAGCCGUCCUCUCAAAUGGGUGCUCAGGCAGGGUGCCCAGGGGAUGGCAAGCAUCCCCUUGUGGAGCGAGUGAACUUGCAAGCAAGAGCAACAGAAAGCGAACUGUUGCCUAAGCUUAGUAAAUGAGGAGGAACACAUUAGUUGGAGGUUCUUGAGAGCCCUGAAUGGGUUUCAGUGUCCAUGACGAUUUCACAUUGUCUGCAAAAGAUUAGUGUUGGGGCAAAUCACCUAGGCCUCUGGAGUGCAUACCUUCAGAUAGACAUGAACACUCACAUAUUAUAGUUGUGGCCCACCAGAGAGGGCAAGUGACCUGCUGAAGAUCACACAGCCUAGGCUUGAAGCUAGGUCAGCCUUUCCCCAAAACUCUUUGUAUCACUGUCAUCAGUAGAAUUGAACCUGGAUUCUGGGUCUCCUGCUUCUGGGUCCUUCUGUUUAGUUUUAGAAACCAGAGGAUCUUCAUCUGUGGCUGAUUGAGGUACUAGAAGGAGGAGUUUCUGUAAAAUUGUGACAUUAUCUACCAAAUGCUGUGUGUCUGGGUAUGUUUGGGGGCAUAGGAGAUGUGCUUCCAUGAAAUUCCCUAAAGGGCUCUUUGACCCCCUAUAAGUUAAAAACUUCUGGGGUAUACCCAUAAUCCCAGAACUUGGGAGACUGAGGCAGGAGACCACAAGUUCAAGGCCAGCCUGGGCAACUUAGCAAGACCCUAUCUCAAAAAUAAAAAGGGCUGGGUGUAGCUCAGUGAUAAAGCACCCCUGGGUUCAAUCCCCAGUAAACCCCCACCUCCCAGAAUUAAGG